UUGGGAAUUUGUGUCUCUUCCUAAAAGAAACUAACCAAAAAUUCUUGGGGUGAUCUUUAUUUUUAUUCAUUUGUGCAAUGUUGGAUUCAUUGCUGGACCUGCAUUUGUUGCCUGUCCCUGAUUUCCCCUUGAAGUGAGUGGCUUGUUCAACCACUUGAGAAGGCAGUCAGAGUCAACCACAUUGUUGUGGUUCUGGAGUCUCAAGUAGGCCAGACCAGACAUAUGCAGAGAUACAUUCCCACCAACCAUACAAGCAAAGGCAAAUCUUAAAUUGGCACCAUGGGAGCAAGAUUAUCUCUCGAUGAAACUGACCGUGUUGUCAUUGUUGGUGGUGGUUUCGGAGGGAUUGCUGCAGCGAAGCAAUUAUCAUACUAUAGGAUCCCUUACACAUUGAUUGACAUAAAGCAUGCUUUCCAUCAUAACAUGGGAGCUCUUAGAGCAUCAGUACAGAAAGGAUUUGCAGCAAAAACGUUCAUACCAUAUCAUCCAACAUUCAAAAGCAACUUCAAACAAGGAAGAGUCAAUGAUAUUGAUUUUGAACAACAGAAUGUCAUUUUGGAGAGUGGAGAGGUCAUUCAUUACACUUACCUUAUCCUGGCAACUGGUAGCACAGGCCCAUUUCCUGGAAAAUUAAUUGAGCCAGUUAGUAGGGAAACUGCCAUCCAGAUGUAUGAAGAUUUAGUGAAAGAGAUUCAGAAAGCUGAAAAUAUUGUGGUGGUUGGAGGUGGACUUGCUGGUGUCGAGUUGACUGCAGAAAUCAGAACGGACUACCCUGAUAAAGAGGUAACCUUAAUUCAUUCAACUUAUGUUCUGGGUGAUUCUGAGGUUUUACCGAGUGUAAGACGUGGAGUCAAGGAAAUUCUUAUCAAUAAAGGGGCUCACCUUCUACUAGGGCAGAAAGUCAAUAACCUGUCUGAACUAACUGUGAACAAGGUACAGAAAGACACAAAAGUGCUGACUAAUAAAGGUCAAGAGAUUAAAACAGAUAUGGUCAUCUGUUGUACCGGGAUAAAGAUUAAUUCCUCCUCAUAUGCCAAUGCCCUCAAAGAUAAACUCAAUGAAAAUGAUGCAAUAAUGGUUGAUGAAAAUCUGAAUGUGAAGGGAAUGAAGACUGUUUUUGCAAUAGGGGACUGUGCAAAUGUGAACGAGCAUAAGUCUGCCUAUACUGCUGAAUUCCAAGCACUUGCAUGUGUGAAAAAUAUUGUUCAUGGCCUUAAACAUGAACCUAUGGAACCGUACAAACCAGGUGCUCCUUACAUGUUAGUGACGAUGGGCCGAAAUGAUGGUGUUGGCCAGAUGUGUGGUUGCAAUGUUGGGAGGUUAAUCGUAACUUACGUCAAAAGCAAGGACCUACUGGUUAAGACAAGCUGGAAGAAAAUGGGCCAACGGAUGCCACACUGACUAAGUUUAAUUCCCACAUUAUAUAACUGUAUUCUCCCUUUCUACAGUGUCUCAGUCAAUGACCCAGUGCCUAAUGUUUAUAUCCCUUUUUGAAUCCUUUUAAUUUCUAUAUAUACUUCUAAAAUUUGUUUUAUAUAAUAAAGGUUAGGGAUAAUUUGGCCUGAGAUAUAAUUCAGUGCUUAUUUCAAAGUCACAGAUUUAUCCUGACUUUAAUUUAUAUUUUUUAUAGUAAAUAGUAAAACUUGCACAAUUUGGGAAGCAGGAGUCUGUCUAUGGUUUGACAGCUGGGAAAUCAAAAAGGAGAAGUUACAUCACUACCAGCAGCUGCAGAAUCCAAUGACAAGAUUAGAAGUCUUCACUAGCAGUUUCCAUUAUGAGCAUGGACAUAGAUAAUUGGACUCCAAAAGGUGAUACAGAAAUGAUAAAAAUGGAACUGCUGUAAUAAAGAUUCUGUAAACUGGAAACAUGUGUAAGAUUUUUAAUAUGUUAUCGUUGGGGAGGAAAGUUAUUGGAACAUCAAUGAUCAAUGCUGUAGACUGUAGGAAUCUCGUUCCAUUUUCAAUUUGACACAACCCAUGUUUUACAGGUAUUGUGUCUCCUGUACAGAUAUGAGUGACUAGAAAAGGAAAGUUUCCUUUCUUUUUAAAUAUCUCUGGAGAUCUCUUUUAUACCUACCUAGGAUAAGCAGACGUUUGGCUUAAUAUGUCAGGUGAAAGAUCUCAGACAGUGCAGCACUCUCUCAACACUGCAUCCAAUCAUCAACGUGGAUUUUGUGCUCAGGUGUGAGACUUGAGCACAUAUCCUUCUGACACGUUGCUAAAGACCUACUUCUGUGCCUAGGCUGCAUGUCCGUCCUAUCAAUCAUUGCUAAAUCUUUUCUUGAACUCUUCGCCCAAAGGCAGGUCCAACCCACAAAGACACAAUGUGCACCAUGGUAGGGCAAGGAGGCAACUCCCAAAUCCACUGUGAUAUUGACACCAAUGUAAUCCACACUGUAAUCCAGUGAGCCAAUAGCUCCCAAGGAGUCUGAGUCUGGCAACAUACACUUUUGGUGACACACACGUUGUAGGCCAGACUAUAGUUAGUGUUAGUUGAGACUCUAGUUUUCUUCUAUCACUUGGCCGAUCAGGAACCUCUCCUGCUCUUGCCACCUGCAUUGUGGUAUUCCAGAAGGAUUUAUAAAUUGCUCCUCUCUCUAUUUGGCCAUGUUGUAAAUGCAUCUUUCUUAACUAACAAGCCAAGGAGUAGGACUGGAACCCAAAGCUUGUGGUUCAGAGACAGGGUUGCUACCAGAAGAUCUUCCUCUCCUUUUCAAUUAUAACACGAUUAUCUUAACCUUGCUGGUUGUCAGUCAGAUCUGUCUUCUCACAUCUAAUUCACUUCAACAAUCCAGGUGAUAAAAAUGUUUCUUGAAUUAUGCAAAACAUUUAUUCCUUAUAUCAUUUAAAAUAAACAAAACUGCUAAAAUAUUCAGAAUCAAUUAUAUUGUCUAAGGUAGAAAUUCAGCACUGGAUGAUUGCAUCUCUGGAAGAUGGAUCAUUUGAAUUCAUAUUAUUUGUUCAGGUUUUUCACAUCUCUUUUAAUCUCAUUUCAUAAAUAUGUACGCCUGCAACUAUUGAUGUGUAAACCACAUCUCCCACCUAACAAUAAUUUGAAAAUUACAUGCCUUCCUGAGAAACAGAUGCUAGGGAUCUAUUCUUCUAUAUACAGUGAGAAAGAUUGACUAGGAUUCACAUUUGUCUUACAAAAUAGGGAACAAUUUUAUAAACAUUUGCCCUAUUUUAUUCCUUCAAUAUUAGUCAAGUGGCAGUGUUUUUAAACCAGGGUUCCCGGGAAUCCAAGAGGUUUCUGAGCAUCACUAAAGGGUCUGUGCAGGACAUUUGAAACGCAGAAAGUUUUGUAACUUUUCAAGAUGUUUUUACAUUUAAUGGAAAGCAAUCAUUCAUUCAGUUGUGUUUUCCUUUCUUUUCUUAUAUAUAACAUGUAUAGUUGGAAGGGAGGAGGGAAAGAAGGUUGGGUAGCAUUAAAACUUACAAUUUUAAUAAGGUUCCUUAGUCAAAAAAAGUUGAAAAUCCACUGUGGUGUAAGACAACAGUUAAUAUAAUCACCACAAACUUAAAUCUAUUAACUUAGAAAGAAAAAUAACAGCACUUAUUGGAUUAAAUUCAUUUAAUUACCUGCUCAUUCAUCCAAUUUGCUAUUUCUGACUGUAAAACAUAGGAUCUGAAAUCCUUUAGAGAUGUCCUGUAAUUGUGAUGAGGCAUCAUAUGGAAUGCAAUACCAUUCUUUCUUAAGUUGAACAUAACUUCUGUGGGUAUGUUUAUCAAAAUCAAUCUGGUUUAAAUGUUACAAUAAAAUGCAAUAAAUGUUUUAAAUUCAUAAAUAGACAGAGAGUAAUCAUAGUGUUCCUUUUCAAGCCUGCAUCUUGGAUGAAAUUAAUAUAAAAAUUAAUAUAAAAACCUUUUUGAUUGCGAGCAGUUUAACUUUGUGAAACACCAUACUUCCUUUGCCAUGCACAGGUUUUGCUCACUCAGCUACAUAAUCAAUUUAUCAUUUGUAGUCUUCUUUCUCACUUUCUUUUUGAGCAGUCAGAUUUUUUUUCUUACUUAGUAACACUUUAUCAUGACUAAUACUAUCGUGAUACACGUUUAAGCUUACUCCUACCAUAUUGUGAUAUUUAUGUUAUCCUUCACUGAUCCGUACAUUUAGCAGACUGACAGCACUAUUUGACUAUUUGAACACAAUUUUGGAACCAUUAUGCAGGCUGUAGAUUCUAAACUUGUGGGAUGAUGCUGCAGGGAAUAAUGAAGGCCAUUAAAUGUCAGAUUAAGCUAAUUGCCACGUAUAUGAAAAGCAAUGUAAAGAUCAAGGCAACAAAAAUCUUGGAAAUGGCAUUUCAGAAGUGGAAAAACAAGAAUGCAUCAAUCCAUAAAGAAGGCAUGAGGGCAGAUUUUCAUCCACAGGAGCAAACUGAUGAGGCACAGAGGGAAGACUGACUAAGUCAAGAUCUCAAACAUGGAAAACAACAUGCCAUUGUUGAAAUUUCUUCACAAAUUAGUAUUUCCAUACCAGAUGUUUCACUGUCUUAAUCCAGUAACUGUACUGGCAUUGCUGAGGUUCAGAAGGAGGAGGAGGAGAUGAAGAAGGAACAGCCUUCACCAUCAGAAUGAGUGACAUGAGGAUCCACGACUGGAGCUGAGGAUGAGGAAGUAGUUCCUGAAGAGGGGAACCAGGGUCUUCACUGCAGUCAAAUGGUCCACUCAGAGGGGGCUCUAUUGCAGCUUCCUGUAGGAGGGUGAAAGGAAAUGCUGGAGGUGUCUUCACAGGCCUAGGCGCAACUUCCCUUCCAUUUGCUGCCGCCUCCAAGCAGAUCUGCAGCUGUGAAGAUGGUGCUGAGGCUGUGGGUCUGAAGACCACAGCAGCAUUGGACUUUCUGACAUCAGAUCCUUUCAAGCCUCAACUGGGCACAUGCGUGGCAUCUCUCCGUUGACAAGUGUACAGGUAUUCCUGAGAUAAUCACUUUGACAGGUAAGCAAUGCAGUCAGUCCAGUUCACUAGGGCCCAGAGAGCCAGUGAGCAAAUGGAUUUACAGCUAUCGCUCAGGUCUAAGGGCCACUGGUAACUGGCAUGUGGCAGUCAGAGGUUUCUGGCACCAUCCAGCCAGAUUCCUGAGCAGGAAGGGAUUUCACUCCCUCAAUGUCCAGCUUGUUUGUGAGCACAGGAAACAAUUCCUGUGGAUGUGAGCCCACUAUCCAGGGAGCUGUCACAAUAUUUCCAUUCAACACAGCUCCCAGGUUCCUGAAAGUUUGCUCUCCUGGCCUUUGGGUGACAAGGGGUGCUCCAGUGGGCAUGGCUAAUGACCCCAGUGUGAAGCCCUCAGAUUGAUGGUGAACAGCACAACAUGGGGCGGCAUGGUGGCUCAGUGGUUAGCACUGCUGCCUCACAGCAGCAGGGACCCAGG